UGCGCGGCGCGGCUGACAUGGCGGCCGGGCCAGAUUGAGCCGCUCGCAUCGGGGCCUCCAGAGCCGGGCAUGGGGGGGGCGCAGCCUCAGCGCCCCUAGGGCAGCAGCCAGUGAGGCUGACAAUAAUAGCUGAUAUUCCUAAAUGCAACCAUUGUGAAGCAAGGCUGAGCAGACAAUCAGCCAAUUUCCCGUGCCCAAACAGUGGAUUUUAAUCAACAUUAUAUUACUGGAGAAUUGCGUUUCAAGCAGUCUCAAGUGACAGAAGAAGCAGGUCUUCACUAUAAUGGAAGAGGCCAAGAGCUCAAAAAAUGGAAAUCAUGACCCAAGAAAAUCUACCCGUGUUGUCUGUGAAGAAGGCAAAGCCGUCAGACUUAUAAACAAUCAGAAUUAUAAACACAAUAGAAAUGAUAAAUCUGUAAAAGAUGUUGGGAGAAGUUCUCCAAGUGGGAGCAGUAGCAAAAAGAGUAAACAAAAUGAUGUUUGUUCUGAAAAAUCAGGAGAAAAUAAAUCAUGUAAAGUAAAUAGUUGCAUUCCUGGAUCUAAAGAUGUGGGGUCAAACCUUCAGGAUCGAAGUCAUGGCAAAGCAAAAAAAAUAUCUAAUUUACCAGCAACAGUAGAAAACCUGAAACAGACAAAAGUUCAGCAGACAGGAGAAAACUCUCCAAGCUCCCAUGUUUCUGGGAAUGGAAUCAGUAUAGAAACCUUACCAGCUACACAAAGAGGGAAAUUGGUAUUGGAAAAUCCACCAGGAGUUCAUAUGUCAAAAACAAGCACGGAUCAGACUGGUGACUCUGGUAAGACAGUUUCAAAUCAAAGAACAGUGGAGCACAAGUCUGAUGACCUUAGCAAAAUGAAGAGUCCUGAAUCAGCUAAAGAACAUAAUUUGGAGGCUGAGUAUUUAGAAAACACUGCUGUAAUUGAUGAGUCUACUCUGACAGCAGAACAGCAGCUAGGCUUGAAACAAGCAGAAGAGCGACUGGAAAGAGAUUAUAUCUCCCGACUAGAAAAACGCUCCCCAGAAUAUGCCAACUGCCAGUAUCUAUGCAAACUCUGCUUGGUUCACAUUGAAAAUAUCCAGGGAGCUCACAAGCACAUUAAAGAAAAACGUCAUAAGAAAAAUAUAAUGGAAAAACAGGAAGAAAAUGAGCUGCGUGGCCUCCCACCUUCCUCCCCUGCACAGGUGGCUGCUUUGACUUUUACACUCAUGGAGGCAGCAAAUGAACAAGGCAUAUCAGAUGAUGACUUCAGAAUCCGCCAAGAAAUUGUAAACGAGAUGGAGAAGAUUAUUCAACAGCCCUUACCAGAGUGUUCACUGAGGAUGUAUGGCUCCUGUCUAACUAGAUUUGCUUUUAAAACCAGUGAUGUUAAUAUUGACAUAAAAUUUCCCUCCAAGAUGAGUCACCCAGAUGUUCUGAUACAGGUGCUUGACAUUUUAAAAAACUGUGCUUUUUACUCAGAUGUGGAGUCAGAUUUCCAUGCCAAAGUUCCUGUUGUCUUUUGCAAAGAUGUUAAAAGUGGUUUAACUUGUAAAGUGAGUGCUAGAAAUGACGUGGCCUGUCUUACAACUGACUUGCUGGCUGCACUUGGCAAACUGGAACCUGUUCUUGCUCCCUUGGUGUUGGCUUUCCGCUACUGGGCUAGAUUGUGCCAUAUUGACUGCCAGGCAGAAGGUGGGAUUCCCUCAUAUUCUUUUGCCUUAAUGGUGAUAUUUUUUCUUCAACAAAGAAAACCACCCAUUUUACCAUCCUAUUUAGGCACUUGGGUUGAAGGCUUUGAUUUAAAGAGGGCAGAUGACUACACACUGAGAGGUACAGAAGAGGAGAAGUUUGUAAGAUGGGAAUACAAGCCAACAAAUAAUGGAGCGGGGAAAAAUUCAAGUGGUGUAGAAGGCAAAGCUAAAGCUGAACAGCAGAAAGGUGGUAAGAUGUCAACAAGCUCAGAAACGGACAACCAAAGCAAUGCGAAGGAGAAACAUGGCAAAUCUCCCUUAGCAUUUGAAAAACCCCACCAAAUAUCCCUGGGGCAACUGUGGUUAGAACUGUUGAAGUUUUACACACUGGAAUUUGCUUUGGAGGAAUAUGUCAUCAGCAUACGGGUACAAGAACUCUUAACCAGAGAGAACAAAAACUGGCCUAAAAGGCGAAUAGCCAUUGAAGAUCCUUUUGCACUAAAGAGGAAUGUUGCACGAAGCCUAAAUAGCCAGAUGGUGUUUGAGUACAUCCUAGAGCGAUUCAGGACAGCGUAUAAAUAUUUUGCAUGUCCACAAACUAAAGAUGGGAUUAAAUCCAAAUCAGAUACCAAGAAAAAAGAAAAGGAAAAAAUUAGCAGCAAGAAAGAUGCAAAAUCUGGAGAACCUGUAGCCAACUGUUGCCUUCCACAGGGAGAAAAUGUUUUAGAGAAACAGAAUGCAGGAAAUGGAUGUAGUAUACAUGAAUAUGAACUUGAAUGUAAUGAAAUGGAAUUUACAUCCAGGAAAUGUAUUUCUGAGAACACAGACAGUUUGUUAGUAAAUAAGACAGAUGCAUUGGACUCCAAUUAUGAAGACAGAGAGGAAACAGUAUCUCUUAUUUCUAAAGAAUGCUGUGAAUUAAAGCAAAAAUCACUCAAAGAGAAAGAUGAUCUAGAGCUUUCAGAAAUUGGUCUAAAUAAAGACAAGCUAAGCCACCAUUGUAAUUGCAGUGAACGUUGGUUCCAUGACCCAAAUUCUGUUAAUGAAUUUGUUGAUGUUGAAAGUGGACAGAGUUCAGUAAUGGAGUGUUCACAGAAGAAUAAGUGCACUAGCACAUCAGCUACCUCGCACAACUGCAAAGCAAUGGUAGAUGUUUGUAACCUUAAAGAUGAAGAUAAACUCUCCAGAGAAGAAAUGCAUUAUGUGUUUGAUAAAUUUAUUUUGACUUCUGGAAAGCCUCCAACUAUAGUAUGCAGCAUCUGCAAACGUGAUGGCCAUUCCAAAAAUGACUGCCCAGAGGAUUUUAAGAAAAUUGAUCUAAAACCACUACCACCAAUGACAAACAGAUUUCGGGAAAUACUUGAUAUAGUGUGUAAGAGAUGCUUUGAUGAAUUAUCACCUCCUUUCUCUGAGCAACAAAACAGAGAACAAAUUCUGGCAAGUUUGGAAAGAUUUAUUAGAAAAGAAUACAACGAUAAAGCCAGACUGUGCUUAUUUGGCUCUUCAAAAAAUGGAUUUGGAUUCCGGGACAGUGAUCUGGAUAUCUGCAUGACCUUGGAAGGCCAUGAAAAUGCAGAGAAACUAAAUUGUAAGGAAAUAAUUGAAGGUUUGGCAAAAAUUCUUAAAAAGCAUCCAGGUUUAAAAAACAUCUUGCCUAUAACAACAGCCAAAGUGCCUAUAGUAAAAUUUGAACACAGACGGAGUGGCUUAGAGGGAGACAUCAGCUUAUACAAUACGCUAGCACAGCAUAACACAAGAAUGCUGGCUACAUAUGCAGCUAUUGAUCCUAGAGUGCAAUAUUUGGGAUAUACAAUGAAAGUUUUUGCUAAGCGCUGUGACAUUGGAGACGCAUCCAGAGGAAGCCUAUCUUCAUAUGCCUAUAUUCUUAUGGUGUUGUACUUUCUGCAACAGAGAAAUCCCCCAGUUAUCCCAGUUCUUCAGGAGAUAUUUGAUGGAAAACAGAUUCCUCAGAGAAUGGUUGAUGGCUGGAAUGCCUUUUUCUUUGAUGACAUGGAAGAGCUGAAGAAGCAUUUGCCUUCACUUGGAAAGAACACUGAGUCACUUGGAGAACUCUGGUUAGGGUUGCUGCGAUUCUACACUGAAGAAUUUGAUUUCAAGGAAUAUGUGAUCAGCAUUCGGCAGAAGAAACUACUAACCACCUUUGAGAAACAGUGGACAUCCAAAUGCAUUGCCAUUGAAGAUCCUUUUGACUUGAAUCAUAAUCUUGGUGCUGGAGUUUCCAGAAAAAUGACCAAUUUCAUAAUGAAGGCAUUUAUCAAUGGGAGAAAACUGUUUGGUACCCCAUUCUAUCCAAUCCUGGGAAGAGAAGCUGAAUACUUCUUUGACUCCAAAGUAUUGACAGAUGGGGAGCUGGCACCCAAUGAUAGAUGCUGCCGUGUCUGUGGAAAAAUUGGUCACUACAUGAAAGACUGUCCAAAAAGGAGAAGGCUGAAGAAGAAGGAGAAUGAGAAAGACGAUGAAAAAGAAGUGAAAGAAGAGGACAGGGAGACUAGAGAGAAGAGAUGUUUCAUCUGUGGGGAUGUGGGACAUGUUCGAAGGGAUUGUCCUGAGUUCAAACAAACUCGACCGAGAAAUAACAGCGUGCCAGGUGCCCAGUUGGUCCGAAGCCUGGUAAAUGCACAGGUGGUGACAGGGUCAGUUCAACAGCAAGUGGAACGACCAUUACGUACCAGACAACCGUCAGAAUGUUCUGAUUCGCAUCAGUCAUCUUACUCUCCACAGCCUCAGCAAUUUACACAGAAUUCCUCUCAACCAGCCUCUAUUAACCAGGCUCAGCCACAACCAAUGUCCCAGUCUAAGCACGUUCCACAACCACAGCAGGGUGCACAGCCACCCCAUCAGGUCCAGCUGCCUUUGUUUAACUUUACCCAAUCUCCCCCAGGUCAGUAUUCCACCUUGCAUAACCUGGGACUACUUCAGAUGCACCAUCACCACCAAAUUCAGCUUCCCAACACUUCGUGGCCUAUUCAUGGGCCCGUUAUUCAUUCUGCACCGGGUAACCCUCCUCAUUCAACAAAUGUUCCAUUUUCUAUGAGGUCUGGCAGCAGCAACACCACAAAUAACCAGAGCAGUGUAAGCUUGAAUGAUCCCAGUAUCAUCUUUGCACAACCUGCUGCCAGGCCCAUGGGAAUCCCCAGCACUUCUCAUGAGGGACACUGGCACAACCCCGUGACUCCAAACUCACUGGUGAACAAUGGCACUGUGGGGAAUUCAGAUCAGGGUUUCCAAGGACAGUUUGGUAAAAUGAACCCUCCUUCUGUCCCUUGGGACCAUGGGACCCCUACCCAUUUUCCUCUCCUCCGAGGAGUGUGGCCUUACAAUAUGCCUCAGAACUACAUGCAGCAGGGAAAUGCCAGCUAUCCACCGAACAAACCUUUCUACCCUCAAGCUGGUCCACUGAUGCAGAAUAACCAGCGGUUCUCGCUUCUGUCUCAAGGACACCCACACUUGAAUAUGAAUUACAUUCAACAGAAAAAAUGAAAUGUAAUGGGAGGGGGGAGAAAAAUCAGGUUCUGAUUUAAAAUCUUAAUGCAACAUGUUUAGAUACAAGAUUAUUUAAGACUGUUUUUAAACUGUAUCAUUUGUAUAUAGAUAUGAUCUAUAGUUUUUACUAGUAUCACAAAAUUGAGUGAUACAAAUUUCAUCUAUUUUAUUACCCUAUUUUUAAGGGCAAUUGUGUUUUGUUUUAUCUUGGUAAACUGUAAAGAGAGAAUUUUUAAAAUUAAGUUCUUUAUUUUCUAUUAGCUGUAUUCAUACUUUGGUUGCUUCAGACUUUAUAUAUAUUGUUCUAAAAAUAAAAUUAGAAAGGGAUUUCAUGUGUUUUAAAAAAAUUGUCACUUCUAUUCUUUACAGAACUAUGUAGUGCCAAAAAAUUUUUUAAAAGAGAAAAUAAAACAAAAGUGCAAAACCAGGAUUUAAGGUUUUUCCAUACUUGUAUAUUAGAAUGUGUUAGGUCGAUAUUUGGGUAAUUAAUAUAACAAAUAAAAUAUAGUUCUAGCUUAAAAUCUUUGAAAGAAGGGAUGUGAAUGCAGUAAGUAGCUUGGAAAAACUGGGUCACAUAUUCAGAACCAAAAUGUACCUGAUCACUUCAAGUUUUUCCAAAAUCAUUACCGUCACCAUUUGCUAUUACUGUAUUUUAUGGAUCACACAUUUUUCCUCUAAAUAUACUCAGUAUAUAUGGAGGGAGAGAGUGUACAUCUGCUUCCACAUUCACAAGCUUUAAAUCCAAUUAUGUGCAAGUACUCAAAAGAAAUCAAGCUGUGCUGUGACACAGGGCCUCAGUUAAGGGGGAAAGGAACCUGUCAUUAAGCUGAUCCUUCAAUAAAUUGCAUCUUGCAUGCUUACUGUGCAUCAUAUACUCUGUAAAUUGAUAGAGGCUUUAACCUGCAGGGAUAUAUUCUGGCAUGACUUUUUAUAAUUCAUGCCUUUCAAAGAGGGAGGUGAUUUCUUAUUGCUAAUUUUUAGUCUUUAGUUUGGCUUCCUUAGGACAAUCUGACCCAAACAGCUGAUUUGAUAGCAUAGCCAGUUUGUUGUGUAGCAGUCUUAAAACUCCAUUCUGAAUUUACCUAGCUCUGUCAGCUAUUGUCUGACUUUAUCCAACAUGUUAAAAGCUGGUUGUGCUAUUGCUUUCAGUCUUGAGUGUCUAGUCCCUGUGGUUGUAUCUUAUGUCUUUAGCAUGCCAUGGGCUGAAUGUCUUUUUCCAUAUUAUAGUAGCAGAUUAGGAUCAAUCUAUUAAAUUUAGAAAAAUCUUCAUCACAAGAUACUCUUUUUGAGUGGAAAAAAAUUCCUUCCAAAGAGAUUAUUGUUCCCUACAUGGCCAACAACUGCACUAAUUCUGCCCUUGGCCUUGAGAAAGUUUUGGGACGUGGAGCUCACCAGUCUCCCAAAGAGCCAUAGUUUCAUAUUAUUAAAAAAAUUGAAGGAAAUGAUUGACAGAUGUAGUAGACAUUCUUUUAAAAAUUAGCUCCCUUUGAGUGUGUUGACCAUGAGAUAUCACUGAUGUGGUGCCAGGCCCCAACUGGCGCAGGUGGUGUAGUGCUUGACAGGAUCUCUGUUCUCUGAGUUGAGCCUGGCAGCGCAAAGAGCUCUCUUUUGUGGGAAAGUUCUGUUGUCAUCUGUUCCUGUUUAGAGUUAGUCACUAAUCUAGUUGAAAGGAGGAUGAAGAGAUGGUGCCCUGACCAUUUUGUAUAUAGCACUGAAGGCACGAGUGAGUCACAGACAAUAUGACCAGUUCACACAUCUAUAACAAGGGAUAGGUCAUGAGAGGGGCUUAAUGUUAUGUAUGUAUGCUGUUAGUUUGUCUUUGGAUUUGUAACAAAUUCAGUAUUAGGAUGUGUGGACCGAUUAGAAUAAAGGCUCAGUUCACUGAUGAUACUCAAACUCUUCAUCUCUGUAUCUGACUAGGAAUGGGGCCUGGGUGGGGGCUAAAUGCCUGAAAUUCAAUUUGGACAAGACAGAGUUGAUCAUAGUAAGCAUGGGGAAUCCUCCAGAGGACACUUGCUUCUGUUUGUUAAUAGGGGAUGCAAUCCACGGUAGCCUAUUGGAUCCCCAACUGCUUUUAGACAAAGUAGUGUUUUCCAUCUGCAUUUGGUGAGUGACCCUGUCACAGUUAUUGAUGUAUUUGUUGCCUCCAUCAUCGAUUAUGGCCACAUGUUCUACUGUGGCUGCAACGGAAGACAACAUGGAAGCUUCAGCUAGUGCAUAACAUUGCUGCUCAAUUUGCUGGUGGUGGUGGUUUCAAACAAGGAACAGCUUGCCUGCAGACUUGUCUACUGUGGCUUCCAGUUUGCUUCUGAUUCCAAUGCAAAAGAUGUUGAUUUGGAUCUGUCAGUCUCUUUCUGGCUAUUCUUUAAACUCCCUCUUGCCAACACUUGAGAUUUGCUUGGGCUAACAGAUUCUAGAUUUAAAUGACAGGAUGCUCAGUGAGGGGCCUCUCAUUCUGGUAUUCACUUGCCACUGGUCCAACAAAGCCUGUAUUUGUGGACCUCAGGGUACAUUUUAAGCCCCAUCUAUUCCACAGCCUUUUGCCCAAGAAGAUUGAGACUUUUUUCUAUAUAGGGAUCUUUUGGGUAACCCUAGCUCACCUCAUUAACUGCCACUAAUCAAUUGAUCCAAUGUGUUAAUUUUAUAGCCAUGUUUAUUUAUAAGAGCAUAUAAUACUUUUUAAAUGAUAAAUAUCGCACAUCCUUCCUCUGAAUUUUUGUUUUUAAGGUAGUCUAAGCUAAUGUUUCAGCUCUUGCCCCCUUGGCUUUGGAACAACAUGCUCAUUCAGCUUUUUAGUUGCUAACCUCUGAUUAAAGAUGAACAGAAAUGUUGACAGUACAGUUCUCAUUCAGAUGUAUUAAACAGCUAUGGGCUUAGUCACUCCCCUCUUCCUGCUGAUAGUUAAUGAGGCAGAUGCUGCUAGGAACAUACAAAUUGCCCCCAUUGAAUCAUGGCAGGAGUCCACCUGUUCCAAUAUCUCAUCUCCAGCAGUGACUAGUACCAACUGCUACAGAAAAAGGUGCCAGAAUCUUUGUAAGACUAUUAUGGAAUAACCUGGCCUUAAUGGAAGUUUCUUCCUCCUUCUAUUAGUGACAGGCUUAUGCCCCUGAAACAGAAGCAUCUUUUUAAAAAAAUCCUCUCUAACAAUGAGUAUUCUCAUUAAUAAUAUAAAACCCUUUUGAAUUCUGUUAAGUUCUUAAACUUUGACAUUUAGUUGCAUCGGUUGUUUAAAAAAAUCCUUUCAGUUUAAAAUGCAUUGCUGUUUAGUUUCAUGGGCUAAACCCUUAUUCUUGUAAAACUAGACAAUAAACAUUUGAUUUACCAGUCCUCGUCUUUUCAAUUUCAGUUCACAGAGGAAUAUUUUUAUGGCCCUUAUAUGAUGACUCUUACAUCUGUUAUAACUCCUCCUAUAUCAUUUUAAAGACAGCGUGACCAAACCUGAACCCAGCAUUCCUAGUGAAGAUGCUCUAUUGAUUUACACGGCCUAUUCUCAUUUUUCAGUCCUUCGUAUAUCAACAUUUUGUUUGUGUUUGAACACUGUUGUGCACUGAGUAAUAACUACCUCCCUCGUUACUGAUAUAAGGCUCAGUGGUCUGUAAGGUGACCCUUAAAGCUUUUUUAUUUUUUAAGAGUUGCUAGAGUAUUUUUAAGCAGAACAGGCACUGCCCUCCAGUCAAUGCUUUUAAUGAGUGCAUAUUUAGUAGCAGCUCAGCCACUUCAUUCAGCACUUGAGUGACCAGUCCUAGUGAUUUGUUGCUAUUUAAUUUAUCAGCUUGUUUCAGUAAAACUUCUUUAUUCUUCAGUCUCUGGUGAUACCUUGUUAUCUGAAGAGUUUGUCUCUCCCCUGUCAUCUGCAAUGUAAAGAAAUUUAUCUCUUCUGUAAUGAGCCUUAUCCUUGACUGCACCUGUAACUUUGAUAGUCUCCCUCCUCAUGU